AUGGCCGGCCUUCGCUACCUGUCUCUCUGUGUGCUGACAGCACUGCUUUUGUGCACCGUCUCAGCGUACGCCGUGAGCACCACCGUGGAGCCCGGUCAGGUCUUUGUGGCGGAGGAGGUCGUACAACCCGGUUACAUUCUCAUGUUUAGCUUCCAGCUGGACCCUGACUACCUUUUCACCGUCUCCGUGAAGGACCGCAACACGGGAAUUGUUCUGCAUUGGUGGCGCGACGAGGUGUCCGGAGCGGUGAGCAUUCCGUCCUCCACCACGAAGCAGGUCUACCACGCCGUCUUCGACAACUCCAACUCAGUGCUUACGUCGAAAUACGUGAACUUCGAGCUUCGUGCGGUGCAGGACCCGGAGCACGAUGUGGACAAGGAGCUGGUGGACCCCAUCGAGGUCAAAAUCGGGACCCUGAUGGCGAAGGUUCACAAGAUGAAGAGCCUGCAGCAGACAAUGCGGUACCAGCAAAGUAGUCACCGGGCGACCGUCGAGGACGCGAAUGAGCGGGUGCUGCUGUGGUCGAUUCUGCAGGUUGUCGGCUUCCUCGCCGCCUGUGGGGGGCAGAUGUACAUGCUGAAGCUGUUUCUGGAAAGGAAGCGCACCAUUUAG